AGAGCUGAGCUGAAGCCCUUCUGAAGACGUUCAGAAAUGCGAACCAGAACCGAAUCGGUACCUCCGAGGAGCCGAAUGAACUGUGCUGUCAGAAUGCUGAUCCUCUUCCUUCGCAUGAUGUGGGCAGUUCGUUCCACCCCGCUAGAUACCUCACCCGCCACCCAGUUAGACCCUCACUGUGUUGACUGGGGCGUGCACGUGAAGGAAACGGUGCGAGUGUACGAGGGCGAGGCGGGGAGAAUACACUGCCCUCUCUUCUCACACCCGAAGCUCUAUAACUACUCUCAGAUCCAGAGCUCUGGACACAUGCUCUUUUGGUAUCGACACACACGCUCACACACGUCUGACCACGAGCCGGAGGAGCCGGUUGACCUGAGCCUGCGCACGGUUCUCAAAUACAGAGGUGCGCUGUGGAUCCAGCUAGCCAGCAUGCAGGACAGCGGAAUGUACAUCUGCAUGUUGAGGAACAUGACGUCGUGUGUGAAGAUCAGCGUGAGGUUGGAGGUGUUCCCCCCCAACAGUCUGUGCAACGACACCCUGCAACACAAGAUCUCCGUCCCCAUCCAGAGCAACUACACACUCCGCUGUCCCAACCUGCAGCACCUACCCAGCAACACUUACAAUGUCACCUGGUACUACGAAUGUAGGAGCAACAUUAUUAACAGCUAUAUGAUGGAAGUGCAUGGCGAUGAGGUGGUGAUCUAUCAGAUGCUGACCAUGUACGCCGGCUUGUACACGUGCGUCGUCCACUACCAGAGCAACGGACACACGUUCCACUACUCGCACGGCAUCAACGUCAAAGCCGUGUCCAGUAAAGGACCCAAACAGCCUAAGAUUCUGAAUCCUGCAGUUGGUGAGACCAACACAGUCACAGUUGGCAAGAAGGCAGAUUUUGUCUGUCGGGCCUUUCUGCCGUACCUCGACGACGAGCAAGGACAAGUGUGGUGGAGCAUCAACAACAAGACGCUGGAGGAGCUGUCCGACUCCCGAUACACCUCACCUGCAUUUAGGGUGCUGUUGAAUUAUCACGAUGAUCUUACCGUGGAGAGAGUUCUGAAUGUGUCUCAGUUUAACGCAGACGAUCUGAGCAAAGAGUUUCGCUGCUACGUCCACAACAGCCAGGGGAUCGCCAGCAGAGCCAUCACACUGACGGAGGAGGUGUACAUUCCCUCUGUAGAGCUUGGCUGUGGACUGGGCGUGACUCUCGCCCUUGCGUUGCUGCUCUUUGUGUUGUAUCGUGUUUUUUGGCUGGAGGUGCACCUGCUGUACCGCUCCUGGUUCGGCACGGACGAAAGAGACACAGAUGAUAAGGAGUACGAUGUGUAUAUUUCUUACGCUCGCAACACUGAGGAGGAGGAGUUCGUCAUGACAACGCUAAGGCACGUGCUGGAGUCGGAGUUCGGGUACACAGUGUGUAUAUUCGACAGGGACAGCCUACCUGGAGGAACUGUAACCGAGGAGACUUUGCAGUUCGUGAGUCGUAGUCGGCGCUUGCUGGUAAUACUCAGUGCAUGCAGUGCUUUUCGGGAUGGCCAGGCUCUCCUGGAGUUCCGGGCGGGUGUAGCCGCUAUGCUUCAUGGGGCCAGCGUAAAGCUGGUCCUGAUCCAGUUCAAAUCGGGUAACAAAGACACGACAAAGCACACGAGUAAAACGCACACGUGUGUGAAAGAGCUGCAGCGGGCUCGCAUCGCCCUGGCGGUGGUGCGCUGGGAGGGAGAGAAGUCCACCCCGCUCACGUCUCACUUCUGGAAAAGACUGCGGCUGCAGCUGCCCGUCCGCACAUCUGUACACGCGACAACAAAUCACACAGAGCACAAUCAGACUGCAAAACACACACACAACACCAAACAGCAGAGUCCAGAGACUGCAGAGCUAAUGAUGGAGACAAUACAACACAGCUGACACACACAACCACAAAAGUCUGAGACUUUUGCUUGAAAUUCAGUAGCGUCCGAUAAUCAGAUGCCAUCAGAUCUGGUGCCUUGAUGGAAUCAGACUCAAGUAAAUGUGACCUUUUAUUAAUAAAAGGGCCUCAAGCCAAGAAAGUGAUUAUUGAAAUUACCUGUGUAUUUAAACGGGUAUUAGAGAAGUGUGUGUGUGUGUGUGUAUUCACGUCUUAUUUAUUUUACAUUUGUUCAAGGUUCUUACUUCAGUACAUUUUAUGUUAUUGUGUUAAUAAAAUUUUUGUUUUAAUAUUCAGACUUAUGCAUUUCAUGUGUGUGUGUGUGUGUGUGUGUGUAUUUAUGUCCUGUUUAUGUUA